UGUAAACCCCAAAAUCAUUUGCUCAAUUCCUCUGAACAGUUUAAUGGAUCCGAAAACCGGAUUUUGUCACCAAACCGGAACUUACAGUAGCCUCAGGCCACCUGUCCCUUUGCCGCCGAUCAAUCAACCGCUUUCCACCGGCGAAUAUUGUCUCUCAGCUUUCCACCGAUCCUCCACCGAAGGCGCCGCCAUUUUCGUCGUCAACGCAACCACCGGCGAAACCUUAUCUUACACUCGAUUCCUUUCUCAGGUUCGUUCCCUUGCUUACUCCUUGCAACAACGUUACUCUCUAUGUCGAAACGACGUCGCUUUCAUUCUCUCACCGCCUUCGAUCCAUAUCCCCGUGGUUUACUUCGCUUUGUUGUCGUUGGGAAUCGUCGUUUCUCCCGCCAAUCCACUCAGUUCCAACUCGGAACUCACUCACCAGAUACAACUCUGCAAGCCCGUUGUUGCCUUCGCUACUAUAGAAACCUCCCAUAAGAUCCCUUCUCUCAAACACGGAACUAUCCUACUCGACUCGCCCGAGUUCAUCUCGUUGUUAACUCAAUCUGAUAUUGAUGACGAUGUCAUUAAAAAAGUCGGGGUAGACCAGUUCGACACGGCUGCGAUAUUGUAUUCUUCGGGAACCACCGGGCGAGUCAAGGGUGUGAUGAUGACUCACCGGAACCUAAUUGCAAAGAUGGCGGCGGUUGGUGCUUUCAACACGAGCCAAGGCGAGAGUAACGAGAAGCCGCGGGGAUCGGUGACGUUUGUGACGGUGCCUUUGUUCCACGUGUUCGGUUUCUAUAUCUUGCUGGCGGCGGUUUUGUCAGCGGACUCCGUUGUUUUGGUGGAGAGAUUUGAUUUCGAGGAAAUGCUAAGAGCAGUUGAGAAAUACAAGGUUACAACCAUGCCAGUAUCGCCGCCGCUUGUGUUGGCGUUUGUUAAAUCGGAGUUGACUACAAAGUAUGACCUCAACUCGCUUACACGGUUGGGGUGCGGUGGAGCUCCGCUUGGGAAGGAGGUUAUUAAGCAGUUCAAUGAGAAAUUUCCCACUGUUCAACUUGUUCAAGGAUAUGGGUUGACUGAGACGAUGGGCGGAGCCACCAGUACAGUGGAUGUGGAGGGGGCAUCUGGGUACGGUUCAGUUGGGCGACUCGGUGCAGAUAUGGAAGCUAAGGUGGUAGAUCCUGAAACUGGUGACCCACUGCCUCCGGGGCAGACAGGAGAGCUUUUGUUGAGAGGGCCACUAGUCAUGAAAGGUUAUGUAGGUGAUGAGGAAGCAAGUGCAGAAACCCUGGAUUCUGAAGGCUGGUUGAGAACUGGCGACCUUUGUUACUUUGAUUCCGAGGGGCUUCUCUACGUGGUAGAUAGAUUGAAGGAACUGAUCAAAUACAAAGCAUAUCAGGUCCCUCCAGCUGAACUGGAACACUUGCUUCUUUCCCAUCCUGGAAUUGCUGAUGCUGCUGUGAUUCCGUGGGCGGACGAAGAAGCCGGGGAGAUACCUAUGGCAUAUGUAGUGAGAAACAAUGGAAGCAGCAUCACAGAGGCACAAGUCAUGGAUUUCAUUGCAAAACAAGUUGCACCAUACAAAAAGAUCCGACGAGUUGCUUUUAUAAAUUCAAUACCAAAAUCUGCGGCGGGGAAAAUCUUGAGAAGGGAACUGAUUAAUCACUCUAUAUCUGUCAGUUCAUCUAAACUGUAGUACGUGGGAGGAGGAAUAG